CAUAUUGUUCUAUAUACCAUUCAAAUAUAUUAGUAAAGGUCUAAGUAUAUGACUAUACUGUACUAAUUGUGGGUAUCCCAUUUAGGCAAUACAACGGUGUAAGCGCGCUAGAGGUCAUGGCCCAAAAAAAUAGUGUGUCAUAUUUCGGAACUUUACCCUAAAUAGUUCAGUAAUACAAGCAGAAUAUACGGUAAGAAUCACAUAAUGGUGAUAAUAAACGACUUAUCAUUCAAUCAGGAUAGUUCGUGUAUAUCGUUAUCCACAUCGGAAUAUCAUAAGAUUUUCAAUUGUGAACCAUUUGGAGAAUUUUAUGCUUCGAGUAGUCAGGGAGGCGUAAAACGGUCUAUCUCAAAUUCUAUAGAAGAAGAGAAUAAUAUUAAUAAUGGGAUACGACUGAGAACUAAUAGUAAUAGUGCAGGAAUUGCAAAUGGGAAUAAUAAUAAUAUUAAUGAUGAUAGGAUCUUUGGUAAUGUUAGUGAUCCAAAUAUUAAUGAUUCAGGUUUAUACCCCACAGCUUAUUUAAGAAUGUUAUAUUCAACAUCUUUAACAAUUAUUAUACCUGAAUCUACUAGUAAAUUAGGUAGAAGAGUUUUAAAGAUUUAUAAUUUAAAACAAAAUCUUAAAAUAUGUGAAUUAAAUUUUACAUCGAAUAUUAUUAAUAUUAAAUUAAAUCUGAAACGUUUAUUAGUCAUUUUAGAAGUUGGACAAAUUUAUAUUUAUGAUUUAAGUUGUGUUCAAUUGGUUAAGAUUCUUCAAGUUAAUUCAUUUUUAAAUGAGAAUACUAAUACUACUAGUCCACUUGUAGGAGAUUUAAGUUCUAAUAAUAAAUCUUAUCUUGUAUUACCUAUCUCAUUAAUUAAUGAUCAAACUGAUUUAUUUAAUACAGAACCGUUAUCAAAUAAUAAUAAUAAUAAUAAUAAUAAUAAUAAUAAUAAUAAUAAUAAUAAUAAUAAUAAUAAUAAUAAUAAUAAUAAUAAUAAUAAUCAAAUAACUUCUCGAGGUAAUUCUCAACCUUCAACUCCCCUUUUAAAGCCAAGUGAUUCAACUAUUAUAAAUAAUACUUUAAAUUCACUUAUUGUUUAUACUUCAAAAGAUCAUCAUCUUCCUAAAACUUCAAAUAUUACUCUUGAUGAUUUGAAAAAGGAUAGUUCAGGUUGGUUAAUAGUAUAUGAUACUAUUGAAUUAAAACCAAAAUUAAUCUUUAAAGCUCAUAAUUCAGGUAUUGGUAAGAUUAAUAUUUCUGAUAAUAAGAUUGCUACUGCUUCAGUAAAGGGAACAAUUAUACGAGUAUUUACUAUUGAAGAAGAUAGUAAUAAUGAAACCCUUCGUAUAUCAAAAGUAUUAAGUUUAAGAAGAGGACAUAAUUUAGCUAAGAUUAAUACUCUUAGUUUUAAUAAUGAUAAUACCAUAUUAGGUUGUGGAUCAGAAAGUAAUACUAUACAUUUUUUUAAAUUAGAUGAUAGUGGCAAAUAUGAUGAUGAUAAUGAUAAUGAUGAAGAAGAUUUACAUGAAGAUAGUGAUAAUGAAGGUGGUAGAGGUAGUAAUGAAGAAGGAGGAGGUGGCGGAGGAGAUUCAAGUCGAUCAUCAGAAGAUUUAAAUGAGAAUUUAGCUAAUUUAUUAGUUUCAAAAAAACAAUCAUCAACAUCUCCUAUUGAAGAUAAUGAUGGAAAUGGUUCUGGUAGUGGACAUUCAUAUUUUAGUUUUGCAACUCUUAAACAAACUAAGAAAUUAAUUAAUAAUCAAUAUACUAAAUCAUUUAUUAAGAAAUUACCUUAUAAAGAUUAUUUUGAUAAUUUAAUAUGGGAACCUCCUAGACGUUCAUUUGCUUAUAUAAAAUUACCUGAAUAUACUCCACCACAUUUUCAUCAUCAUUAUUAUGAUAAUGAAGAUAAUCAAAGAUAUAAUCGUAUUCAAGAUUCUCCUAAUAAAGUUGAAAUUGGGUAUAAUAAUCUGUUGAUAUUAUUGGCUAGUUAUCAUACGGGGAUAUUCUAUCAAUAUCAAUUACCCAAUCCUCAACGUAAACAUCAUCGUCAUAUAAGUCAUGGGAAUCGUCGUGGUAGUAAUGGAGAUAAUGGUAAGCAUGAGGAGCAUGAAGAAGAGAAGAGAGAGGAGUGUUAUUUGAUUAAUCAAUAUAACAUGAUUUAAUUUAGUUUAGUUUAGUUUAGUUUUGUUUAAUUUGGUUUGAGUUGUAGGUUGUUUUGUAGAGUAGGGUAGUUAGGUUAGGGAAGGUAAUACAUAUUCAUGAGAUAAGUAUUGUGCGGUAUUGUAUUGUACUGUUAUUGCAUACUGUGACUAUAGUAUGCAGCUCUACUGUAACUGUACUCUGUAC